UUACAGCUAAAGGCAAUAACGCUCACAAACAAUACCAAAAGGGUCCAGUGAAGGGGAAGUGGUGGGAGGGUGCAACAUUCUAAAGGAAUUGAGACUAUUUCUGGGACUCAGUUACCAAAAGGAGGACAACGACCCCCUCCUGUCACAGAAACACCCUCCCCACGUAGUGUCUGCUGUAUCUUCAGAACAGGCUUAAGCUGGUCAAACUGGUUGCUGGGGAAAGAAAGUCACCUGGUAAACACGAUGGGGGUAGUAUUAACCCCAGCAUUAAAAAGAUGAGAAAGCAAAGAACAUAGCCCGGGGCAAAGAGAAGUCCUGUAAACUAUAUGUCAAAAGGUGAAGUUCUUUGGUUACUGUGUACGUCAAGUUACAAAAACACAAAGCUUGAAAGCUGUGUCUUUUCUAAUUCUCACAACUGAAGAAACACCCUGCUGACUUUCCAAGUCUAACCCUGCUACAAAACGCAGUCGCCUAGUUGUGACGUCAAACAUCAAGACUGAGUUACACAGUUGAGCAUACAAGCGAAGCUCGGGGAGAUUUGCUGUUAAAUCUGUAUUAUCCACUGUGAGAUGGUGAUGGUUCAGAAUUUGAAGGUGCCCAUCUUGGAUAUAGCUUCACCUGAAAGCAAAACUGGAUAUGCUGUGUUGUUAAAUCAGAUACUAAAAGGUCACUAUUCCAUCAUGAAUGUGCUGCAGGAUAAACCAUUUCAUAUUAUCACCCCACUGAAGGAGAGUCCAGCACUAUCCAAGUUAGCAGGGACUGAAGUCCUCAUGAAACUUGAAAAUGUACAACCUAUGGGGUCUUUCAAGAUACGAGGGAUUGGACAUUACUGCCAGGAGCUAUCCAAGAAGGGUUACACAAGGAUUAUCUGCUCAUCAGGAGGAAAUGCUGGACUAGCAGCAGCCUAUGCCUGUAAAAAAUUGGGCAUUUCCGUCACCAUUGUAGUCCCAGAAUGCACGGCAAGAAAUGUUGUACAGAAACUUCAGGAUUUGGGUGCAGACGUUGUGGUAACCGGCAAGGUCUGGGAUGAAGCUAAUGUCCAUGCUCACCUUCUGGCUGAGGCACCUGGUUCAGUAUAUAUCUCUCCAUUUGAUCAUCCUCUGCUCUGGGAAGGUCAUUCCAGCCUUAUAUCUGAAUUGAAGGAUUCCCUUGGCUACCAGAAACCAGGUGCUUUAGUGGUCUCGGUAGGCGGAGGGGGCUUGCUAUCUGGCUUGGCUGAAGGUAUGUCUAAAGUGGGCUGGUCUGAUGUGCCCAUUAUUGCCAUGGAGACAGAUGGAGCUCAUUGCCUGAAUGCAGCUAUUCAAGCAGGAAAACAGGUCACCCUUCCAGACAUUACUAGUAUUGCUAAAUGUCUAGGUGCAAAAACAGUGUGUGAGAGAGCUCUGGAGUAUGCAAGAGAGCGCAAAGUCAUCUCCUUGACUGUGGAUGAUAGAGAAGUAGUUCUGGCAAUUGAGAGAUUUUUGGAUGAUGAGCUGCUUUUAGUGGAACCUGCCUGUGGAGCGUCACUUGCUGCUGUAUAUUCAGGACACAUCCAACGCUUGCAGCAAGAAGGAAAACUGGCAAAGCCUCUGGGUUUACUUAUUAUGAUUGUUUGUGGGGGAAGCGCUAUUAGUCUCUCCCAACUACAAGAUUUCAAAUCCCAGUUUGGCAUAAACUAAAUGAAAAUUUAAAUCACAGUGGAAAAGCACUAACCUGAAUUUGUAUUUCCAGGCACGGAUAGAGGUUGCCAAGCUCUCAUAUACAGCUAUACAAACAUCAGUCCAGCCAUGAAAUUCACAAAAAGGACCUUUAUUUACCUAUCAGAGUCUGAAAUACGGUGGCAAUGUUUCAAGCUAUCUCUUGGCCCUCAAUCAUGUCUAGAAUCAUUAUACAUGAAUCAAGUUUCAAUAUGUUCAUAUAAUACUGUCAUCUAGUGGAUAUUUUUUAAUAUUACACGUUCCAACGUAAAUAUAUAUAUAUACAGGGCUUUUUUGUAAAAGAAAAGGUGCCGGUACUUCAAAAUAAGGUGCUGGUAUUCAUUUAAUUUUAAAUUGAUCUAUUCUGCUCAGUAACGUUGAGAAGAGCAAAGGGACAACAUUAUUUACAAUGUCUGAUGUAUUUUGCAGCCCCACUUGUGAAAACUAGAGUAUUUACAUGAUGAUUUCAAAUAUUACCUAUUAUGAGUUGGAAGAGGAGGGAGUACUCAGUACCCGUGAGUACCCCCACAAAAAAGCCCUGUAUAUAU